AUGGUGAUUCCCCCACCUGGGAGGCCCCCGAGGAUCGUGGACUACCUCAAGCCUUACGUAUUAAAGAUGCACUUCACGAGCAAGUUUGUGAGUGCCCAAGGGAUACACUCUCCUACAGCCACAGUUGCCUCCUCUGCAAGCUCACAGGAGACGGCCCUGAGGUCGAGCAUGGAGUCCACUCGGGACGUGGCAGCUGCUGCAAAGAUUGGGAAUAUACUAGUUGAGCGUCUCCUCCUCAAGGGAAUCCCAGCUUUUUCGGUUCAUCUGAAGAGAGAGCAGAGGUAUCACGAGAAAGUGAAGGCUGUUAUCGAUUCUGUUUGA